UUUAACUGCGUUUCUUCUGUUUUAAAGUCAUUUUCAUCUUCUAUUACUGACUUUACCUGUACGAUGAAGACUUGCUCUGGUGCAGCUAUGCUGGUCGCCUUCUUGGCGAUCUGCGAUGCCGCUUUCGUGACGCUGCCUAUCCAUUCACGCAAGAACCCGCUCAAAUCUCCAGAACACUUGGCGCGACUGCAAGUUGCUGCCGAAGUCAACGGUGUCAGUGUUCCUGUGAAGGAUUGGAUUGCACACACGGCUGAUCUCCAAUGGUAUACUACUGUCAAAGUUGGCACGCCUCCUCAGAAUUUCGAUGUCAUCUUUGACACUGGUUCCUUUGACAUGUUCAUUGCAUCCAAGGAGUGCACCACCUGUGGCCACGCUCGCACUUUUGACAGCUCCCAAUCCAGCACCUUCUCGCAGGAGCCCAACCAGCCCCAGAGUUUCACCUACGGCACGGGCGUUGACUCAACCUCUUUGCCACCUCAGGGCGAAGGUGUUGGUGGAACUAUUGUAACCGAUAGAGUUGAUAUCGCCAACUUGACGGUGCCAUCGCAACAGUUCCUCCUCUGCGAUCGCUACGAUGAAUUCCUGGCCGACGUUCCAUUUGAUGGUGUCAUGGGCAUUGGUCUCGUCAACCAGACUGGUCUUCCAAGUGGUAAGCCCUGGUAUUGGCAGUUGUACUACAGCGGCCAGAUACAGUCACCUGUCUUCUCGUUCUAUUACCCUCCUGGCCGUGCAACUGGCGCAGAGAUGACUCUUGGUGGCGUCAACCCUGCCCGCUACACAGGCGACAUCACGUAUAUUGACCUAACAGAUGGUGGUCAGUUUGACGUUGGAGUCCCUGCUAGCUACUUUGGUGGCAAGCAAUCAGUCAUCCCUGCUACCGGUGCAAUUCUGGAUUCCGGAACACCUUUCUUUACUGCCUCUGCUUCCACUGUCAAGGACAUUUAUGCCGCGCUAGGCUCUCAGUUCAAGCAACUUGAUCAAGGUGGCUCCUGGGGCGCUCCCUGCGAUGUUAUCGAUUCUCUUGCCGUAGAAAUGACAUUUACUCUUGGAUCUGGUAGCAAUACCUUCAAUGCCACCAUGCCCAAAGAAGCUUUUAACUUGGGACCUUAUCCUGGGCAACAGGGCAUGUGUCAGGGAGUCUUUAGCGCUCUGGAAGCUGGCGGCAGCCUCAUUCUGGGGGCUCCUCUGCUUGACAGAUAUUACACUGUCUGGGACGGACUCAACUACAAAAUGGGCUUUGCUCAAGCUAAAUUUUAAUUACAUCGCUUCAUCCUAUACAUACUUGGUGAAAGUUACUAAAGGACUCAGUAGAAUGAACAUAAUAAUAAAAUAAAACAUUAUUAUAUUAGAGUAAUCGUACAUUACUCGACGUGCGGGAUAUUGAGUCGCUUAGAUAGACUUUCAUGGACUAUUUUCG